CACCAACCCCCUACCAAUCGACACCUAUAGCGCAGAGAGAGACACCUAUAGAUACCACAUUACUCAAACCCUUUCUCUCUCCUCCUUCUCUCUCCUCCAUCAAAAUUAGCGAUUCUUAUAGAAACACAGUAUGUAGAUACAGAAAAUUACCUAUACAUUCCAUCCAGAUUAUUGUAUAGGUUUUAUAUUGUAUAUACAUAUUACCUGCGGUCAUCACUCUCUGGUAACACGGUAAAAAAACCUUUUAUCAUCACCUCUCUCUCAUAUUAGUUUACAUUUCAUUUGUGCAAUCUAACCCUAGAUUUAUGUAAUACGCCGUAAAUAUGUGCAUCACGUAGCUGGGGAUAUGUUCUUUCUAUUGGGUAUGUAGAUUAAUUGCUGUUUAAAUAUCGGAAUGUGGGGUUUGAUCGGAACAAUCUGGUUUAAUUUUGAUUGACCCAUUAGGGUUUUUUUUUCACAAGAAACUCUGUGAAAUCUUUGGGUGCUUUUAUUUUAGUAUGCAUUCGAGAAUUGAGGGUUUUCUUGUAGAAUCGGGUGAAUAUAUUUAUAUGAGAAAGCUAUGGCCUUGAAUCAACACGAAAGAUUUUUAGCUGGGCUCGAGUUUGAUAGGUGUAAUAGUUAUUUUGAUAGAGAAUGCCCAAAUGAGAAGCUUGAUUUGUUUUGGUGAUUUUUGGGGUUUGAAAAAUUGUGAAAAGGGCAGCUUUCGAGAUCGCGAAGGUGAAAAAACUAAGAUGGUUUCUGAUGAUAAUAUUGUUGAUUUAUUGCCUCAGGAUCCUUUUGGUAUGGAUAUCAGUACCAAAGUUACGGCCAUCACUGGUUGGUUAGAGGAUUUUGACAACGAUUUUGGGUUAAAGAAUCUUGGUUUCUGCUCAGAUGAGAUUGAGGUUGACACUCAAAUGUUUGCGGAACUUAAUAUUGUUCUAAAUGGGUCUAUGAGAAUUCACCAGGAUGUGGGGGUCCAGAACAUAGGUGAAAACUCCUAUGCUUCUGAGAUUGAUAUAGGAGAGGGAUUGCACGAUUCUUUUGGUUGUAUGGACGUUGAGAUGGAGGAGAUUAUAAAUUCUAGUUAUUGGGUUUUUAGAGAUGCCACUCACAUAGAUCAGUCAGGCGUGAAUGUUUAUCGUACUGGAGAUGGAGGUGCUCCUUCAGAUGCACUGUUUUUGGCCCUUAGUUAUCUGGGCUUGAGGGACCUUCUUUCUGUUGAAAGAGUUUGCAAACCUUUACGAGAUGUGGUGCGUGGUGAUCCACUUCUGUGGAGAAAUAUUCAUGUUGAUCAUCCAUUGAGUUGUAAGAUCACAGAUGAAAUUCUUAUAAAGUUGACAGACAGGGCUCAAGGUCAUCUUCAUUCUCUGAGUCUUGUGCACUGCUCAAAGAUCACUGAUAGUGGUUUGAAUUGUGUGCUUGAAAGGAAUCCUAGCCUGAAAAAGCUUAGCAUACCAGGAUGUGGGAGACUCACAGCUGAUGGUGUUCUCGGUAACUUAAAGGUCUUCAAGCCUGCAGGAAAACCCAGCCUUAAGUACCUAGGUAUUGAUGGAUUAUUUGGUAUGACGAACCAACACUUUGAAGAGUUCAAGGUCUUGUUAGAUGUCGAUAGCAGCAAGCUGCCAACUACUCGUAAACCAAGGUUUUUCCAAGGCGGCCAAUUAUCUGUGUUGUCUGAUGAUGAUCAAGCUAUUGAUAUUGAAAUAUGCCCGAAAUGCCAGCAACUUAGACUAGUUUAUGAUUGCCCCUCAGAGAGUUGCCAAAAGAAGCAAUCUACCACUCAGUUGUGCAGAGCUUGUACUAUCUGCAUUAAACGUUGUAUCAACUGUGGCCGGUGCCUAAAUAAUUGUGAAUAUGAGGAAUUAUUCAGUUUCGACUUGGUUUGUUUAGAUUGCUGUAGGCAACUUUUGGAUCACCAAGAGAGCCUGGAGAGGAUGACCGUUCCGCUGGAAAAUCCUAUUGUUCAUAAGCAGGCAAGUUGCCAUUUCUUCCUCUGUGGCUAGAAUGCACGGUAGGCAAUACUUUUAUCUUUAAGCAUCAAUUCAAAUCGAGCUCUCGAGUAUUGAUUAGUGACUGGUCGUGGUGUCAUUGAAAUCUGAUGAAUGUGGAAUUGGAAGGAGAAAAAUGGCAGAUGUGAAGGGAUACCAGGGAAGGCUUUGUCGGUAAGAAUAUUGUGAAUUGAAGAAAAUGGGGGCUGGGUGGAGCUUGGCAGAGGGUUUGACUCCUUACAACUCAGCACCAAUUGCGGCAUUUGUGGUUAGUUGAGAGAGCGAUGUGAUUGUAUUUUGUUAGAAUACAACUAAUCCCCUCUAGGUGAUUGAGAGGAGGAAGUCUGGUGAAGGCUGAACAACUACCCUCAUGGCUGAAAUAGCUGGAUUGUGCUAUUCCGAGAAAAAAAAAGGUGGGUUGUGCUAUACGGCGUCCCUAAUUGUGUUUGUAUGCGGACUAGGGCAUCGAUCACCAGCUAGAUCUGCAAUUCCAGGAAAUAAAACUUGGUGACGGGAAGGAAGAAAUUUGUCAUGUGUUGCGGUACAGGGAUGCAGUGUGCAUUUGCUUGUAUGUGCUGUAGCUGAUGUUGUGCAUUUAUUGUUCAAAGCCGUAGCAUAUGCUUCUGUAAUCAGCUCACAGCUUAUGAAACAGUUCUUGAUCUGAGUUUUCAGGUACUAAAUAAUAUAUUGGUAAUGCAAAUCCAGUGGUUUUUCUUGCUUGCAUUUUUAGUUUUAAUAAUAGUAGUAGCUGAAUUCUGUGGUCAAA